AUGUAUUUUGUUUCCAAUGUUGUUAAAGUCACCAUCCCCAAUUAUUUAUCAAGUUUGCCAAUCCCCGAUUCAUUUGGAGGAUGGUUUCGUCUUGGAGUCCGUGAUUGGCUCGCCCUCCUGCCACCAACCCUUGCUAUUGGAGGCAUUUCAUAUUAUUCCUACCAGACCAUAAAAAAAGCAAAGGAAGCUGGUAGUGGUCAGGUUAAUCCUGGCAUUCGGAAGGACAUAAAUAAAGUAGUGGAUUUCAUUGAUAUCGAAGAUAUUACAGAAAAGGUGUCUCUGUGUAGAUGUUGGAGGAGCAAAAAUUGGCCCUACUGCGAUGGUGCUCAUGGAACUCAUAACAAAGAGACAGGAGACAACACAGGACCUGUCGUUGUUAAGCAUAAGGAGAACAAGUAA